GGACCUGCUUGCGUAUUUUUAGUUCUCUUUUUUUUCUGCUUGUCGGUGUUGUGUGCAUCUGUGUGUCUGAAUGCAUCGCCGUCAACGAGGUGAGACUCUAAGCGAGCGACUGAGAGCCGAGGUUCAAGUGUCUGCGUCGCUGUGGCAGACCGUAACCCGUGGUAAUGAAAAUGCAGCAGGAGACGCGAAAGAUAGACCCACGGACAGAAGCAGUGGUGUUUUUUCGUGUCCUCGAGAAGUGAAGCCCCUGCUUUUCUUCUACAAGUACUUGCAGCCUAUUGGCGGUGCUGAAACGUUAGGCAACAACGAUAGCAAUACCAAUGUUCCGGCAAAACAUCAUUCUCAGAGAAAGUUGCGUAUUAAUUUACCGCUGACUGUUAUUUGCGAGCGCACUAAUGCUCAGGAGUCGGUGCUCUGGUUACGAACCGAUGCUCAAGGCAACGUCAUUCGAGAAGACAAGACACCACUCUGGCGAAAGAAACUACACAAUGAACUCAUGAGUGCGACAUCCGAUUCUAACGAAAUUGAUCCAGUACUGGCAGUGAGGAGUGUCGCUCGAUGGAAAAAUAGUAAUCACUCUAGUGGCGGAAGUGCAGUCGUGUUAACCCGAAGAACGCUGGAUCCUAUUCUAGCGGUGCCGUGUGAGCUUCCUAUUUGUAUACAGCAAUUUGUACAUUGUCGAGGGUCCCAGGCCAGCGUAUACCGCGUCUUCUGGUGCAAACAAGAGCGCAAGUGCUUCGCAGUCAACUUAACCAGCAGCUUGAAAAGCACUGAGGCUCCCGAGGAUGCGAGUCUCAUGAAAAGUCCCUGUGUUACAUCACCGAGCGGGUUAUCAGCAUCAACAAUGGCAGCGAUGAAUGCGGCGUUCGAAGCAGCUAUGGUUACAGCAGCUCAAACCGCCAGAUUCUAUUGCGUUACAGUAUCUCCAGACGCUCGAGCGUGUGCUCGAUGGCCCAAACUAAGAGGAGCCGCAAUAAUCGAGGGCGUUCAAACCACUUCUCGCAUUGUAGAGCACGUACAGAUGCAACUCCCUACUCUAUGUUUCCACUCGAUGACUACGGAUUUUAUCAAAGACAUCAAUGGCGUAUGGUGGCUCACACGAGUGGUAGAUUUUAACGCCUCCAGUUCAAUAGAACCACCUAGGGACGACGCAUGUUUCGGUACGCGAGAUUCCGCGGUAUUCGUUCCAGAGGCUCUACGUACACGAUAUGGUCCUAAUAACGAAUCUCAGUUGGAUGAUCCAUCGUCACCUCCUAAAGAAUCCACACUAUUACGCGGUGACGAGCUAAGCCAUGCGAUGAACACGCGCUCGUGCUUCCUGUGUGGCUGCUCGUGUGAGCUCUCACCGACGUUCCGGGGUCAGUUAGACGCGAUGGUUAAAGGCCAGAGCAGUGACGAGUAUAAGGCGAACAGUACCAUAUCGUUGAAAACUCAAACAGUUGAUGAGUUCCGAAUGACACUCACAAUGGCGCUUGAUACGAUAUUUCUCAUGAGACAGCGUGGUGUGAAUCUACCAGCGUGGGAGAGUGCAGUCAGUACAGUUAGGAAGUCCCAACUGCGUGAUGUUUGUGACUUUCCAACAUGUAUGCUCUGCUACAGAAUCUACCAGCAGCAGAAUCGACUUCAAGUACUCGCACGUGAACUGCAUUGCGUACUGUCGCCUAAUGUUAACCCCAGUGGUGACCCUGAAGUAGAAACAGAGAUAAACUCUUCCGAUGGAGUUGGGAUGGCUGCAUCAGCAGCAGCAGGUUUAGCGUCUCAGCUACUUUCGAAUGAGCUACGAUACGACCAAGAAGCUCCAAGAAACGUUCUUAAUGCCCUUGAAGCUUUUAGGAGUGAAGUUAUACCGCCGUCGCUUUUACUGCGUGGAGAUUCGCCGGAACUGAGACCUACAGGGAAUAUACUGACUCCUGUGCGAGGUGCAGACGUAGACCCUACAGCUACACAACUUCGUCUGGUAUUUUUCUUCCACGAGUUACAGGAUGGAGGUCCUGACUUGGACCCCACGGAUUUUUACUUAGAGUAUCAACUGGAUCAGUCUGUCACGCGAGUGCAGCUGGAAGGCAGUAAACGACACACUCCCAAUCGCUGGCAACUGUGUGAAGCAAGAGUUCAUUAUCUCUACGCAACUUUAGAAACGUUCAGCGAGUUCUGUUCACAAAAGCGGCUUCUUAUUAAGUUGAAAGCGAAACCAAGGUCACAGAGUGAUGAUAGUGACAAUGAAGAGCAUGAUGGGAACGGGGAAGACGACCAAGUUGGUAUUAAUGGGGGUCCUAUUGCGAGUCGUUAUCGCGAUAAAGAGGAGUUCUUCGGAUAUACGUUGUUGUCGUUAAGGGCUGUGAAUACGGCGGCAAAAUGGUUCGGGAAUUCGCUACAACCUGAAAGUCGAACGGAUUAUUUGCUAGAGUUACAGACUGGUUCGUAUGGCCUAUUGACGCUGAAAUUGACGGUCGGAUUGCUGGUGGACCCCAUACCGUUAGGGCAUCUACGUGACAUAUUACGUGACCGUAUCUUCUUAGAGGAACAACCACCAGCUGGAGUCUAUUGGGCCCCACAAUCACAUUUUCUUAGUGGGUUGGCAGUACCUCGAGAUUGGGUCGGGGCACUCAUGCCUUCCGAGUACACUAAGCUAUUACCCAUGCGUCGUAGACGUGGCGCUUACGGUACUCACACAGUGACAGCUUCGAAACCUCCUUUCACUUUAUCACCAACGCACAGUGCUGCGAAAAUCACAGUUCCUCCGCAUACCGUAACAGAUACCGCAAAGAACCAAAGCAGUGAAGAAUUAGAGAAUGCUGUACCCCUUAGUGCACCUGUGAAGAAACCAUCUACCCGGCGAAUGUCGAAUGUAACAACAGCAAAGAAUUGUCCCGAGACUGCGAGAUCUGGUACUAGUAAUGAUGACGACGCGGUGAUCUCUAACGUUGGUCAAUUACAGUCUGAAUGCAGCACCCGAUCACUCCACUUGAUGACUGGAUCGAUGACCAGAACGACCCUAUCGCAGGCAUGUUUAGCAGCAAAACGACUGGUUUUCCGUAUCACCGACGAUACUGCGACUACCAAUUUCCCUACAAUUCUUCUCGCAACAAUUCUUCGACAAGCAAGUAUCACAGUUCCAUCCUCCUGGAAAUCCUCAGCCAGUUUUCACUUCACACGGAGAUAUUCUGUCGAUCGUUUAUUGGCCGAAGUACGGCCUGGAACCCUCCCGAUGUUAUCUUUGCUUGGAGAGCUGUUGCUAGUAUUGAUCGACGAACGGGAGUUGCCUGACUCGAUAGAUGCGGGUGCACUAGAGUCUCUACUCGAGCCGUUCUGGCAGCAUGAUAGUGGAUGGCGCCCCAUUCCACGUACUCAAAGUGGCUGUCUUCCUGAGCGUCGAGUCGUUUGGAAUCGUGCUAUUCGACGCUGGGAAGCUGCCACCGGCAACACCUCUAUAGAACCUGCUGCUCAAUCGGAUGGGAGUAUAGUUCAGUAUCUUGGCGAUACUUUAGCGUUAGAGAUCGGAGACUUUCGGACCAAACUUUUAGCACUUGUGGUCUGCGAACUGUUCGAACAAAUGGAGUCACUGGACGAUGGAUACGUUGAAAUUGCAGAAUUACGGUCACUAGCAAAGUGUUUUCCAAAGCAAGAAAGCUUGACGAUGGAGGAGCUUGAUGCUGAAAUUGGUACACGCGAGAGAUUAACACAAGAGAAUAUCAUUGUGUUAGCGAAGCUGGUACAUCAACAGCGACGUUUGUCUUUACGGACAUUGCUGCAUUCUCUAAUGGGGAGUGCAGUACUGGUGGAAGCACUUACUCGAUUCGAUCGUGUGGGCUCGAGCGAAAUGAGUCUUGAAAAAUUCCGAGAACUGGUAUUCGAAGCGUUGAUAUCGCAGCGCAAGGUCUACCGUGCAUUUCAAGAGGAACCAAAGAAUCCACAAGACGGGUUUUGUCUGCGUCACGGGUUCACGGAAAUCUACGUUACGGAUAGUGUCUGCGUACUGUGCGCUGUUGAGUACCAAGCUGAAAAAUCUCCUUCAAAACCAGAAACAAGUCCAGGAAGUCCUCAACCGAUUUUAACCGAUAAGAACACCACCGUAGAUUCUGAUCAUGCGCUAUACAAGUAUGAAACGGCGAGAUUUAUUGGUAAAUGUACACUGUCAGGACGAAGCAUAAGUGCAGAUUUCAAUGCAGAAGGAAACCAGAGCUUGGAGUUAAAUACUACCAGACGAACGUCAGUACCGUCGAGGUUUCGCCGCCUUUCAACUGACAAGAGAGUUAACGAUGAGGUCCGUACUCAGGGACCUCGAAGGCGAAAAGCAGUUUCUGGGAAGACAGUGACGGCCCAACAUGUGGUCGAUUUGGAGCUGGACGGAGUCUUGAACCAGCUUCACGCUGCUGAGAGGACUAUUGUGACCGGUGAAGUUCCAGUAAGUGAACGGAAGGCUUCGGCGGCUUCAGUUCGGACUCGGCAAUCGUUAACAACCUCGGGGGAUGCGAUAUCACGCAUCUUCUCGGAUCUAGGAGAUGCCGUAAAAAUUCCUCGUAAAAAAUCCACGAAAACAGCUCAAAUCCCUUGCCAAGACGAUUCUACUGGUCCAGAUAAAGUUGCGAAGAAGCGAAUGAAGAAGAAAAUCUUGAAGAAAACCGCACGACGUGUCAAGUCGACGAACCAAAAGUCCACGUCGGAUUCGCUGUCGAAGUUAUUGCGCUUGGAGUUUAGCGAUCAUGUGUUGUCGACAAGUGCCAGUGAGUCCAUCGUCGAGAAGGCUGUACGCAUUGAACAGCGACGAAAAGAGCUCGACAGAUUGGUACUUGCCGAAGUCCAGGAAGUUAAACAACGACUCGCCAAACUCCUCGAUGAAUCGUAG